CUUUUUUAACAUAUGGGACUUGACCAUAUGAGGUUCACUUUUUGAAUUGUUACAUUAUUACAAGUACUCAAAACAACAAAAUGAAGCCGGUAAACGUGAACGUGGAGUAUUGUGGGACAUGCGGGCAUAAAGAAAUGUACAAAGAACUGCAAGAUGCUAUUAAGAAGCAAGUGCCCACUGCAGAAGUAAGCGGUCGAAGAGGACGUUCAGGCUCUUUCGAAGUUGAAAUCAACAGAACUUUGAUUUGGUCCAAGUUGUUUUCCAGCACAUUUCCGAGGGUGAAAGACAUCGUCUAUGCAGUCGAGGAGGCCAGCAUGGGAAAACCAGUCAUUCCAUUGCAAAAACUACCGCUUCAGCCACAACAUUCAUAUUGUGCAAUAAUGUGAACACACUAAAAUAAAUGUCAGUCUUACAAUU